AUGCGAGGGAAAUGUCAUUGUGGGGACAGCUACGGGCGUUACGGACCGAAGACUCCGAACCGGACAGCUGGUCUUACCGGCUGCGACUGCAAUGGCCCCUAUUACGCAUAUCAGGCCAACUGUGUUUGGGAACAGAGUGGCGGUCGUUUUGGCGAUGAGACCAUGCUGCCGCUGCGCAUUCGCUCGGUGACCGCAAACAGCGCACAGAUGCUGGCUUCUGUCGAAGAAGAUGCACGCGUUCGUUGCAAUGUCUCUUCAACCGAUGCGACCAGUGCUCCCACUACCUCCGCAGUAUGUACCAACCAGGGCUGCGCACUUUCAAUGGGAAAUCUUCAGCCAUCAACCACGUACACGUUGUCCUGCGAAGCAGAGGCCGAUGACGAGCAUCGAAGCCCGAGAGUCGCAGUGCUCUUGGUCCGGACAUUGGAUCCUGAGCUGCCACCAAUUACAAUGACCCCAACGAGGGCACCAUUGGACCUCAGCGAGCCAUUCUAUGUGUUGUCAACCACAGCUGCGCCAGUGAUUCGAGUUCAACAUGGCUUGACACCCUGGGACUGGCUUUGGAUUCCGUCGACUCUCAUCGGAUGCCUGACCUUAGGGCUGUCGAUUCAUUGCUGUGCACGGGGAAGGCCACAGACUGUGCUUCAGAAUUUGGAGCUUCCCCACACCUUUUGGCUUGUUUGGGAGCUCCUAAUUGUGGCGGAUGUAUCUCUAGGAGUUGCUUUUCUACUAGAUCUGCUUCACGCGCGCUUUGCCCGGGAAGCGCCAUACUGGGAUGAGCUCAGUGUGAUACAAGCAGCUAUCCUGUUGUUUGCAGCAUCACUCCAUGGUGCAGCAUUUCUUUUCUUUGGCGUGCUUCCUGCUGCCGGCCGAUGUUUGGCUUACGAAGUUCUGAAAAGGCGAGAUGGUCAUAGCUGGACUUUGCUUCGAUACAAGAAUGUUCAGCAUCGAAUUGGCACGAGGAGGCCGCAACAAACAGCACUACCUCCAGAACUCGACUCAGAGUUGAGCCCUUCUGCCCUCCACUACCUUCCUGGUGCUUCGCUGCUCGCUGUGUGCAGAGCCAGCGAAGAGGACCUUGACCAGGUCCUGCCGUACAAAAUUGGUAUCAACGCAUUUCAUUUUGUUGGAAGCCUAUUUCAGUUUCUAUGUGCUGCAUAUUAUACGUCUCACCCUUGGGACCUGCCUGCCUCCAUAGGAGUCAGCGUGGCCUGUAUGUGCAUAUUUCUGCUUUUGGCGAUCUUCGUCGCCUUGGUGCUCUUGCGAGCCCAGCAAGUUCGUAGUUCGGGGCUCUUGCCGUUGCCACAUCGCUUGGGGGCGAUCUCAGCCGAUGACGCACCGGCACCACCCAGAGUAGGUCUCAAAGGCGCAUCAAAGUCAGCGCAGGCUCCAAGAUCCUUGGGCAAAGCUCAAAGUCAGCGCAGGACUUGA